AUGCGUGUCGCGGGCCCAGAGGAGAAGGGAACGUCGAGUAGGAUCCCCACUGGAGGGGGCUCUGGCCUGAAAAUGACACGGAGACCAGUGAGCAGUGUGUUGGUCAGUCGCUUUGGAAGUCGACCAGUAGUCAUGAUAGGAGGCCUGAUGUGUGGGGUUGCUAUGGUAACAGCAUCUUUUGGGAGCUCCAUCGUCUAUCUCUAUUUAAGCAUUGGCAUCAUUGGAGGUUGUGGACUCUGCUUGAACCUGAAUGCAUCUCUCACCAUCAUCAGUAAAUAUUUCCUCAGCAAGCGACCAUUAGCCAAUGGACUUGCGAUGGCUGGGAGUCCGGUGUUCCUCGGUGUUCUGGCCCCUGUCAACCAAUUUCUUUUGGGCCAAUUUGGCUGGAGAGGAAGUUUGCUAAUCCUUGGGGGUAUGAUGCUCAAUUGUUGCGUUGCUGGUGCCUUGAUGAGACCACUGACUUGUAAACCAUCCUCUGGUGCGCCAACAAAGAAUGGAGAUCAACUGGGUAAACACAACACAAAGAAAAAAGGAAGAUGUGCGAUAAAAUCUACGAAGUUUGUGGAUUUGACCUUCUUCAAAGAUAGGGGCUUUGUCAUUUACCUCAUAGGGAAUGUGCUGUACAUCUUCGGCGCCUAUGCACCCAUUGUGUUCCUGUCAGCUUAUGCAAUCAGCCAAGGCGUGGAGGAGUACGCUGCUGCUUAUCUGCUUUCUAUCAUGGGCUUUGUGGACAUGUUUAUUCGUCCUGGCACUGGUUUGUUAGCCAACAGCAAAUGGAUCAGGCCAAGAGUUCAGUAUCUCUUCAGCUUCGCCAUGAUUUUCAACGGUACAUGCCAUUUACUGUGUCCUCUGAUGACAAGCUAUCCUUUGAUGGUGACCUAUGCUGUACUCUUUGGUGUGGCUUUUGGAAUGGUUUUUGCCCUAAUAUUUGAAUGCCUCAUGGACCUGAUGGGAAAUCAACGCUUCCCCAGUGCUGUUGGACUGGUGACCAUCAUAGAGUGCUUCCCCAUGCUUUUGGGGCCACCUGCUGCAGGGUUUCUGGUGGACAUCUUCGGUGACUACAAGUACCUGUUCUUCAUGUGUGGAGGAGUGAUUAUUGCUGGCGGGGUGUUUCUCUUCGUCAUGAACAUGUACAACUACCACAUGCUAGAAAAAGAGAACAGCCUCGAGAACCAAGAGGAGGCGAACGACGCAGAGGAACAGACGGACCUGAACGAGCCGGAGGCGAUGGACAUGAACUCUGCCAGACAACAUCCAGAGCUGGAACACGACAGAGAAACAAAUUAAUCAGAGCUACAGACUGAUUUUAAAAUGACUUGUUAAAAAACUUGCCCUCUGCCAUUAAAGUCUUA